AUGGGUAGAGACAUUGAUCUGAGUUCAGUGGUUUUGGAUGCUGUAGAGAAGGGUGGUGAGGCUUCUGGUCGUGGUACUCUGGCAGCAGAGCAAGAUCCUUGUCUUAUCGUAAUCAAAGAAUUAAACCCUAAAACUAAGAACUGGAAUGAGCUUCUCACUGAUGAACCAUUCACCAGGGAAGACAUUAUAACCAUUCAGAAUCCUAAUGCACUUGAUAGCAAGGUUCUCUUGGAUUUUGAUCACGUCAAGAAAAAUUUAAAAGUUGAUGAUGAAGAACUAAAGAAAAUGGAGUCUGAUCCAACUUAUAACAUAAAUGUUAGUGGGGACAUUAAGCAAAUGCUUAAGGAGCUUGGCACUGAAAGAGGAAAGGAGAUUGCAUUACAUGGUGGAGGUGGAAACAAGGCGCAAAAUGAAAGAGCUGUCGCUCUUGCUGCCAUUUUAGCUGCAAGAUCACGUAUCAAGGAGGACACAGAAUCAAAGAGUGGUGAGAAGCCCAAGCAGGCAUUCAGUAUAGUAGAUGCUGCCUCUGCUGCAGUUCAUGGAAGAAGUGCCAAUUCUGCGAAGUCUGAUUCUAGUAAUAAAACGGCUGCACGGAUAGCCAUGCAUAUGGCUGGUGAGAGGACAGCAGUAAAUGCAAAGCUGGUUAAAAGUCGGUACACAACUGGUGCUGCUUCAAGAUCUUUUACUUCUACAUCUUUUGACCCCGUCACGAAAAAUGAAUAUGAAUACAUAAAGGUUGAGAAAAAUCCAAAGAAGAAAGGCUAUAUUCGGCUGCAGACUUCCCAUGGUGAUGUGAACAUUGAACUACAUUGCGAUAUUACUCCAAGGACAUGUGAAAACUUCAUCACUCUGUGUGAACGUGGUUAUUAUAAUGGAGUUGCUUUUCAUAGAAACAUAAGAAACUUCAUGAUUCAAGGCGGUGAUCCAACUGGGACUGGAACAGGAGGUGAGUCGAUAUGGGGGAAGCCCUUCAAAGAUGAACUAAACUCUAAGUUACUUCAUUCUGGAAGGGGCAUUGUUAGCAUGGCAAACUCUGGUCCCCACACUAACGGCUCUCAGUUCUUCAUACUGUACAAAUCCGCAAAUCAUUUAAACUUCAAGCACACAGUUUUUGGUAUGGUUGUUGGAGGUUUGACAACACUUUCAGCAAUGGAGAAAGUCCCUGUUGAUGAUGAUGACCGACCUUUGGAAGAGAUUAAGAUUAUCAGUGUAGAUGUCUAUGUCAAUCCUUAUACUGAACUUGAUGAAGAGGAGGAGAAGGAGAAGGAGAAGGCCAAUAAUGAGAAGGAUACUGAGGAUGAAGAAAAUGACAAGAUUGGUUCAUGGUACAGCAAUCCAGUUACAGGAUCAACUGGGACUCCUGCUGUGGGUGAUGGCGUCGGAAAAUAUUUGCAAGCAAGGAUUAGUCAGGUUUCAUCUACCACUGCUCUUGACAGUGAUAUACCAGCAGGUCCUACAGUAAAGAAACGAAAAUUAGGCAUGCCAACUGGAGAACUUAAAGAUUUUUCUGCUUGGUAA